CGGUAACCGUCGUCGAACCAUCACCUGCGCCAACACCAACACCAACAUCGUCUAUGUCUCUCAUGAACGAAAUACCCAAGCAAUCUGCCCUCGCGGAGGCCUUUGAACUCGAAAUAUUGGAUGGUAAAGGCAGCACAGUCAACUUUGGCUCUCUUCUUCCCUCGGAUCCGCCGGAAAAAGUUGUCGUAGUUUUCAUUAGGCACUUUUUCUGUGGAUCGUGCAAGCAAUACGUCGAAGAGCUUGCCUCUGUACCACAGGAAUCUCUCGACAAAGCCAACGCUCGAAUUAUAGUCAUCGGAUGCGGGCAUCCUGAUGCUAUCAAGUUCUACAAAGAAUCGGCCAAAUUUCCGGGUCAGAUCUAUGCAGACCCGACUCGAAAGCUAUACCACGCUCUCGGUAUGGAUAUAGAAAACCUUGCUAUGACUCCGACUGGGAAAGAGAGACGCAGUUAUCUUAAGGUCGGCGCAUUUUAUAACGCGGUGUCUAGUACUUUUCAAGGGCCACUUAAGAACCCAAGUCUCAUCGGAAAGCAGGGAAAAAUCUCCCAGCUGGGCGGCGACUUCGUUUUUGGACCGGAGUGUAUCUUUGCGUCUCGAAUGCAGAAUACGGAAGAUCAUGUCGAGGUGUCAGAAUUGAUGAAGCAUGCUGAUGUUGAUUUGUGAACGCGUAAUAAUACCGGUGAUCAUUGGUUGUAUAUUCAGGAAUUAUCCAAACCUCAUUCUGCCAUUCUUUCCCAGGAUACGGGACGACAAGCUUCGGCACUCAAUAGCUCUAGGUUUGUGUGGGAAAGAUAGACCUGGUGAGGUCGAAAUUCUUCCCAUCUCUUCCGGGAGCCACACUUUCAGAUAUACUGGGGCAAUGUAUCGGGCCGACAAGAUUCAUGCAGGAUCAUUGAAGGAUUCUCACAUCUGUUUGA